GAUCCAUGUGGUGGACUUGCGCACAUGGACUGGAAUCUUUGGGUUGAUUCAAAGCCUUUGAUAAGGAAUCCCUGAUUGGUCCAGAGUGGUGAUUAGGAAGUGUUGACCUCUGACCUCCAGCCACGGAGGUGUGCCAUGUGUUUCCCCUCAAAGCUGUCACCAUGGGAUCAUCCACACUGGGAAAGGCAGCAACUCUUGAUGCUCUCUUGGAGGAAUGCAUCCAUGCCUUCGAUGACAAUGGGGAUCUACAGAGCAAUCUGCUUCCCCGCAGCCUGCUUCUGAUGCACCGCUGGUACGUCACAUCGACUGAACUCGCUGGGAAACUGCUGAUGAUUUACCGUGAUUGCCAAGGUGACAACUGUCAAAGAACCAGGCUGAAGAUUUGUUAUCUAAUGAGGUACUGGAUAGUUACAUUCCCAGCAGAGUUCAAUCUUGACUUGGGUCUUAUCCGGAUGACACAGGAGUUUAGAGAUGUGGCUGCAGAGCUUGGCUGUGAGGAGCAUUUCAAGCUCAUCGACAUCUCCACCAUUCCGUCAUAUGACUGGAUGCGCAAGUUGACUCAGAGGAAGAAGCAGGCUAAGAAAGGCAAGGCCUCUCUGCUGUUUGACCACCUGGAGCCCAUGGAGCUGGCAGAGCACCUCACCUUCCUGGAGUUCAAGUCCAUCAGGAGGAUAUCAUUCACUGACUACCAGAGCUAUGUGAUCCACGGCUGCCUGGUAGACAACCCUACUCUGGAACGAUCCAUUGCCCUGUUCAACGGAGUUUCCCAGUGGGUCCAGCUUAUGGUGCUCAGCAAGCUGACGCCUCAGCACCGGGCAGAGGUCAUCACCAAAUACAUCAACGUAGCCCAGAAACUUCUCCAGCUGCAGAACUUCAACACUCUGAUGGCAGUGGUGGGGGGGCUGAGCCAUAGCUCUAUAUCGCGACUGAAGGAGACACAUUCCCAUCUGGCCCCUGAGGUUACAAAGAUCUGGAACGAGAUGACAGAGCUAGUCUCCUCCAACAGCAACUACUGCGGCUACCGCAAAGCCUUCAGCGAGUGCCAGGGAUUUAAAAUCCCCAUCCUGGGCGUGCACCUCAAGGACUUGAUAGCGGUGCAUGUGGUCUUCCCUGACUGGGUGGAAGAUGGCAGCAAGGUGAACCUGGUGAAGAUGCAGCAGCUCUACAUGACCUUCAAUGAGCUGGUGUCACUGCAAAGCGCCGUCGCCCAGGUGGAGCCCAACAUGGACCUCAUCUACCUGUUAACACUUUCUUUAGACCUUUAUUACACAGAAGAUGAGAUUUAUGAGCUGUCAUUGCUAAGGGAACCACGUAAUCCCAAAUCACUGCCUACCUCACCAACGACUCCCAACAAGCCACUGGCCCCACUAGACUGGGCAUCAGGUGUCACCACCAAACCAGACCCCUCCGUGGUCAAUAAGCACAUCAGAAAAGUGGUGGAUUCUGUGUUCAGGAAUUAUGACCAUGAUCGUGAUGGCUAUAUUUCUCAAGAGGACUUUGAGAGCAUUGCUGCCAACUUUCCCUUCUUGGACUCCUUCUGCGUUUUGGACAAAGACCAAGAUGGAUUGAUCAGUAAAGAUGAGAUGAUAGCAUAUUUCCUGCGUGCCAACCCACUCCUCCAGUGUAAGAUGGGCCCGGGGUUCAUCCAUAACUUCCAAGAGAUGACAUACCUGAAGCCAACCUUCUGCGAACAUUGUGCUGGAUUUCUCUGGGGAAUCAUCAAACAGGGCUUCAAGUGCAAAGACUGUGGUGUGAACUGCCAUAAACAGUGCCGGGAGCUGCUGGUGCUGGCAUGUAGGAAGCUUCUCCGCUCCACCUCUUUAGGAAGUGUUUCUACUGCCCAGCUGACCCACAGCUCACUGCCCAGCAGUCCAGCAAUGCCCACAUGUAAAGAUGAGGAUGAGGUAUUUGAGUUCCCAGCAGUGACGUCAGCAGCUUCAACUCAGGACAGUCAGUCCAUCACCCUGAUGACUGGCUCAGCCCAGCGGAUCUCUGUGCGCUUGCAGAGAGCCACCACCAGCCAGGCCACCCAGACAGAGCCCCUGUGGCCUGAACACACCUGGGGGGCCAGGGACGGCGGCUCUCACACCUUCCCCAAGAUGAGGUACCGGACCCACCGGAAGACAUCUAAGAAUAAAGGCUUUUCCCACUGGGAAAACCAUGACACUGGGCAGUACCAGGGGGUGUCAUCCCAAGUUAGGACAGACUCCCAGGAAAGGCCGGAGGUCCAAGAAGAGGUGGUACAGAAUGGGAUUGCAACACACAAAGGGAAGGACAGCUGACUUAAUAAGCACGACACCCAGGGAUCUGGAAUGCCCCCAGCAGCUCCAACCAGAAAGCGAUCCUCACUGGGUGAGGUGCUCAGCUGCCUGAGGCCCCCUUUUGGUGACCUAGAGUAGCACAGCCUGCCCUCUCUAGAUGUAGAUGUGGACAAAGCUCAGAUUAGCUACAUGUGGACAAUGUAGCUGCAUAGAGAAACACAUGUGAUCUCUGGAGAGGUAUCUGAGGUCAAGGAUAGGACAUCGGUGGAAAAUGGAAUACAUCAAGUGGCAUCUCCAUCCUUGCCAGCCCUGGAGUGUCUCUCUCUGAGGAUCACUGUAGAUCACUACGAGGUGACUCUGGCUAGUUUUUGUUCCAGGGUAUAUUCAUAUUUAAGGAAGUGAAAAGUUUUUAAGAAAGUGUCUGUGAGGGUGUGAGCAUGUCUGUUAGCAGUUUGUGAACUAUGAACUGUGUGUUGGUUGACACCUGCUCUACUGUUGAUACUUAAGGAGAAUCAGGUUCAUGGGUACUUAUUAUCAGGACCGGGUCAUAAUGUGGGUGAGAUGGGAUACUUUUUUUCUCCUGCCCAAACACAAUGGUUAGCUUUGAUUGUCACCAGUAAUGGAACAGGAGAUCAAAGGGUACAAAGAGCAUUAGGCUAGUCCUUUCUAGUGGCUUGUAAUAUGUCUAACUAGUGUAGGAUAGGUUACUUAUAGUAACAAAGAGCAUAAUGUUGAAAUUAAGACUAGAAAAAAUAGUGGUUGUUCUGCUUGCUCUUGAAGAAAAGGAUGAAGAGCUCAGUCUGAAUUGGAGGAUGAAGGCACUAGUGGUGUGGCUGAGGGCCAUCUUUCAGAGCUUAAGUUCCAGAUGUUUUUAGAUGGAUCCUGAAGAUGUAGUGAUGAAAAAAUGUAUACAAGACGAGUUCAGCAGUUCAACAUUCCUCUCAAUACCAUCGUGCUCCAUUAUGAGCACUGUCUCAAGAGUUUUGCAUGGCAUGUUUGAUUUAGUGGUCAGAGCAAGUCAAUUGUUUGUCAUAAACCACCACAGAGGCUGUUCCCACCUGGUAUUAACAACCGUCCUGACAAAUCACACAACAAGUGGACAGCUGUCAAUCCCUUAGUACACACCUGGUACUAACAUGUGUCUCCAAAUACAUCUCACCUGCCCACUUGUGUUCUGAUCUCACUUUCCUGCUCUACAUGCAAAUAAACACAAAAGAGAGAGAGAGAGAGAGAGAGAGAGAGAGAGAGAGAGAGAGAUAGUCCUCCCACACAAAACAUAUAAAAUAAAAUGGCUCUUAACAGGCAACAGGUCUAUAACAAAAGGGGUCACCCUCGCACACUCCAGCCUCAUUUUAAUGUGGCUGUCAAUCACUGAGGACGAGUUUCACAUCUGUUACAGGCUCAACUCAAUCACAUUCAGGCUCAGAUUAUUGAAUUAUUCCAGCUGAAUUAUUCCAGGGUCUGAGAGGGUUCUCGCUUAGGUGGAUAAAUUGACCUGUAAUAUUUCUUUGGUAUUCCUGUAAUAACUGCAACGCCACAUACACACGGCUGCAACUGCUAUAUAUAUAUAUAUAAUAUUUCUGUAGUAUUCCUACAGUAACUCUCGCGUCUAGCACUAGAAAUAAUGUGUUGAAUUGUGCCAGGCCAUGAAAUUUAAGAACUGCCGCCACUUCUAAAUUUUAUAUGGAAGAAAAAAAAACUGCAUACUGUUAAUACAUAUUUUAGACACCCCCCACAUUUCUUGCAUCAUGUCUUUAGGGGAGCUCAUGUCUUAUUAAGGGGAGUUUUUAUUCAUUAACCAGCUGCUUUAUAGCCGACCUGCACUUCAGUUUGCUUUGAACCAAUCAGCUGACAGUGCAGCUGCACUGGGCAGAGUCAGCUCAGAUAUUUUCUCUGUUGGAAAAGUGACAGUCUGGCGUUGGGGGUGUUGGGCUGGACAAGACAGAGGACAUCAAGCUAGUAGGCGGUCCUUCAAUGCGUCCUGGGACACCUGUCUGUUUACAUCUCUAAUGCGAUGUGGACACCAGCGUCCCAGACCACCUCUGAAUUCGUCCUGAGAUCCAAUCACUUAGGAGGUCUUUCUGCUGUUUACAGCUGAACUCAGAGGUGUCAGGCUGUAUCCAGAUUUCUCAGGACGGUUGUUAAGACCAGGUGGGAACAGCCUCUCAGUUUCAGGUAGGUUGAGGUACCUGCCAGGGCAUGAACUGAGCUGGCCUGUCUACACUGCCUCUGAAAAAGCCCUGUUCAUGCUCAAAGGGUGUCUUAAGUGACACCAGCCUUAAAGGAGUAGUUCACCCAUUUUGAAAACUGUGAUAUUAUUUCUGUGUUUGUAAUUGUAUUUGGCCCAUUAAAAACAUCAGGAAACAUCUGGUAACUUUUGCACUUCCUAUAUCAGUCUGUGCCCGAGGAGCAGUGGCAACCACAGAGACAAAAGUAGACUGCUUGAGUUUGGUCUUGUUUUCUUCAUUGAACACGUGCCAAUGUUAGGGGACAAAAGUAACAUCUCUCUCCGGAUACUAAAAGAUAGUUGGCAAGUAAUGUUGUGGCUAGCUUCGUCUUUUACAGAAUGGGUGAACUAUCCCUUUAAACAAAACUAUCAGAGAACCACUAUGUGUCAGACCUUGCAGCCCAUUCCUAACUGAAUAAUCUGUUAUGUUUCAAUGCAUUGAUAGUUGGUUGGUUCUCUCUGUUAUAUAAGUGACGAGGGCAUGGAAAAGCCACCACAGCUGCUAGUAAAUGUUCCUCCAUAUCACAUGUGCAACUUGUUCAGCAUUCCAACCAGCUGUGGGCGACAUUGUGUUGGAGACGACGUUCAUAGGUAACAGAUUCAGUUGAGAAUAAAGGAAUUAAGGUGAUGAGUUGUGUGUACUGUUCUGAAGAAAUAAAUAUGAAUGGGAUUUUGAAAUUGCAGUAGUCAAUACUGUGAUUUGUUUUUGUUCCGAUUUAUUGUGUAUCACUACUUUCUAUAAUGAUGUAGGUGGGCAUUAGUGAUGUGAGCAGGGAAUGGGCAAAAUGUACUAGGAUAACACAGUGGGACAUAAGGAGAGAGGAAGAGCCUCAGAAGCUUGCCUGUGUAUCAGCGUCUUGACUUUGUAAAGUCCAAGCUAACUCUGACCCUCAGACACAUAUAUCAGUGCUCCUUGUCAAUAUUACUCUCAACUACACUCAUCAGUGGCUUUACUAAGGGACUGGAUUACUGGCACUCUAACUAUUUUUUAUAAUUAGAUUCCAACAGGUUGUAAUCAUAUUUAUGACAAUGUUGACUUACUACCUAUAAUACACAUUAUUAUUAUUAUUAUUAUUAUUAUUAUUGUGGUUAUUAUUUAAGAAUAACUGGUCUACUUGAGGAGAAUGUUCUGUUGCUCACUUGAUUUUAGUCAAUUCAGUGUUUGAUGCUAUUUUUUAUUUCAUGGAGAGCAUUUUGUAGUGUUUUCUGCAGUUUGCCAUUUUUUUUUUUUUUUUUUUUUUUUU